AUGUUAAGAAUUUCAACAAGAUCAUCAAUAAUAACCCCAUCUAAAUCAUUUUAUUUAGGCAGACUGAUAGGUGCUCGUUACCAAAGUCAAUUUGCACCAAAUAUUCCAAAAGUUCAAAAAGGUGUUGUAUUCACUGAACAUAACGGUGAAUUAAAAUAUACUGAUAUCCCUGUCCCAACACCAAAGUCAAAUGAAAUUUUAAUCAACGUUAAAUAUUCUGGUGUCUGCCAUACUGAUCUACAUGCUUGGAAAGGUGAUUGGCCAUUGGCUGUUAAAUUACCAUUAGUUGGUGGUCAUGAAGGUGCUGGUGUUGUUGUAGGUAUUGGUGAAAAUGUAAAGGGCUGGAAACUAGGUGAUUUGGCCGGUAUUAAAUGGUUAAAUGGUUCAUGCAUGUCUUGUGAACUUUGUGAAACUGGCCAUGAAGCUAACUGUGAACAUGCUGAUUUAUCAGGUUACACUCAUGAUGGUUCAUUCCAACAAUACGCUACUGCUGAUGCUGUUCAAGCUGCUCGUAUUCCAGAAGGCUCUGAUCUAGCCCAAAUUGCACCAAUUCUAUGUGCUGGUAUUACCGUUUACAAGGCUUUGAAGACUGCUAACUUGAAACCAGGUGAAUGGGUUGCUAUUUCAGGUGCUGCUGGUGGUUUAGGUUCAUUAGCUGUCCAAUAUGCAAAAGCUAUGGGUUACAGAGUAGUAGGUAUCGAUGGUGGUGAAGAAAAAGAAAAAUUAUUCAGGUCAUUAGGUGGUGAAGUUUUCGUUGAUUUCACUAAGUCAAAAGAUAUCGUUGCCGAUAUUCAAAAUGCCACCAAAGGUGGCCCACAAGGUGUCAUCAAUGUUUCAGUUUCAGAAGCUGCAAUUACACAAUCCACUCAUUAUGUCAGACCAACUGGUACUGUAGUAUUGGUCGGUUUGCCAGCUAACUCAGUUGUCAAAUCUGAUAUCUUUUCGCAUGUUGUUAAAUCUAUAAAUAUUGUUGGUUCUUACGUUGGUAAUAGAGCUGAUACAAGAGAAGCCUUGGACUUCUUUGCAAGAGGUUUAAUCAAGUCUCCUAUUAAGGUUGUCGGUCUAUCUAAACUACCAGAAGUUUACAAAUUGAUGGAAGCAAACAAGAUUUUAGGUAGAUAUGUUGUUGAUUGUGCCAAAUGA